CCACAACCGACAGGCACAGAUUCCAGGGAGGAAGUCACUGAGAUUGGGAAGCGAACAACAACUGCAAAGCUGCCAAAAGAAAAAAAGAAGAAGGAAAAAACUAUCCUGGAGACGACAGCAAGCUCCUCAGUGGGAAACGUAAAACUCCUGUGAAGUUUCGAACAUGGACUAGAGGCGGCGGGUCGCAGCGGCAGAUGGAGGCGGCGAGAAGUUUGGUGUUUGUCGGGGCCGUGCUGCUCGGAGUGACGGGCGCGCUGGGCAGAGAAGUUUGCCUGGGUACGGACAUGAAGCUGGCCCUGCCCUCCAGCCUGGAAAAUCACUACGAGACCCUGAAGUUGCUCUACACUGGCUGCAAAGUCGUCCAUGGCAACCUGGAGAUUACACACCUCCAUGGAAACCCUGACCUCUCCUUCCUACAGGGGAUCGUGGAGGUACAGGGCUAUGUGCUCGUUGCCCAAGUGUCAGUGAGUUUGGUGCCAUUGGAUAACCUUCGGAUCAUAAGAGGCAGCCAGCUGUACAACUCCAGCUAUGCCCUGGCUGUGCUCAAUAACACUCUGGCUGGACAAGGGCUCAGGACGCUCCGGCUUCGUAGCCUCACAGAGAUCCUGUUGGGUGGGGUUUAUAUUUGGGGGAACCCCCAGCUAUGCUUCCCAGAUCCCCAGCACAUCAACUGGAGGGACACUCUGGACAAGCAAAACAUCCAUGCCGGGCAGCACCGGCUGCAGCCUCGGGCCCCUAAAUGUCCAAAUUGUGCUCCUGAAUGUGCGAACCGCUGCUGGGGAGAAACUGUGCAGGACUGUCAGAACUUGACGAGGAUUCAUUGUGCGUCUGGCUGUCAGCGGUGUAAAGGUCCUUCUCCCAAUGACUGCUGUCACACGCAGUGUGCUGCUGGAUGCACUGGACCUAAAGACUCAGACUGUCUGGCAUGCCGUCACUUCAAUGAUAGCGGUGUGUGUAAAGAAAACUGUCCUCCUCCCACUAUCUAUGACCCCGUCACCUUUCAGACCAAACCCAAUCCAAACAAGAAGUUCAACUUUGGAGCCACCUGCGUCAAGACCUGUCCUUAUAACUACCUGGCUAUGGAAGUGGCCUGUACUUUGGUUUGUCCCAAAGCAAACCAGGAAGUCAUCAGCCACUCUGAUGGAAUUGAGACGCAGAAAUGUGAAAAGUGUGAAGGAGACUGUCCCAAAGUGUGUUAUGGCCUGGGUAUGGACAACCAGGGCGUCAUGGACAACCAUGGUAUCACCAUGGUAACUUCUUCUAAUGUGGAGCAGUUCAACAAGUGUAAGAAGAUUUUUGGUAGUCUGGCCUUCCUCCCGCAGAGUUUUGUAAGGGAUCCUGUUACCAACACAUCGGGCCUGACCCUCGAGCAGCUGAGCGAAUUUAAGCAACUGGAGGAGAUUACAGGUUAUUUGUACAUUGAUGCCUGGCCAGAAGAGUGGUCUAACCUGAGUGUGUUUGAGAACCUGAAGGUGAUCAGAGGCAGGAUGCUCUACAAGGGUGUGUUUUCACUUGCGAUCCAGAAUGUACACAUCCAGUCUCUUGGGUUACGUUCAUUACGUAGCGUCAGUGGAGGUUUGGUCCUGUUGCACAACAACUCCCAGCUGUGCUACACCAGUUCACUGCCCUGGGACAGUCUCCUCCACCCCACCCAGGGACCCCACCGCAUCGUCAGCAACAACCAGGACCCCAAAGUCUGUGAGGAUGAGGGCCAUGUUUGUCACCCGCUGUGUGAAGGGGGCUGCUGGGGCCCGGGGCCCAGCCAGUGUGUGUCCUGCAAAGCUUUCCAACGUGGCACCGAGUGUGUGGACCAGUGUGACAUCCAUCAGGGGUCGGUGCGUGAAUACGCUGACGGAUCUUUGUGUGUUGCCUGUCACGCAGAGUGUCGACCUCUUAAUGGCUCCGCCUCCUGUCAUGGCCCGGGUGCAGAACAUUGUUCAGAGUGUCGAAACUUCCAGGAUGGAGAGUUUUGUGUGGAUCAUUGUCCCAGCGGUGUGAAGGAAGACCAGCAAACUGUGUGGAAGUACAGCAACGCUACAGGACACUGUCUGCCCUGCAACACCAACUGCACACUGUCCUGCACUGUGAUGGAUGAGAGGGGCUGUCCCGUCGAUACCAGGACAGGGCCGGGUACAACCAUCGCGGCUGCAGUGGGCGGCGUGGUGCUCUUCUUCAUCCUGCUGGCUCUGCUGGUCUUCUACCUGAGGAGACAGAAGAAGCUGAAGAGGAAGGAGACAAUGAGGAGGAUCCUGCAAGAACACGAGCUGGUGGAGCCUCUAACACCCAGUGGUGCGUCACCAAAUCAGGCACAGAUGCGCAUCCUGAAGGAGACAGAGCUGAAAAAGCUCAGGGUGCUGGGUGCAGGGGCGUUUGGUACUGUUUACAAGGGUGUGUGGGCUCCUGACGGAGAAAACGUGAAAAUACCAGUGGCCAUUAAAGUAUUGCGAGAGAACACCUCACCAAAGGCCAACAAAGAGAUCCUUGAUGAGGCUUACGUGAUGGCGGGGGUGGCCAGCCCCUACGUGUGUCGUCUGCUGGGGAUUUGUCUGACCUCCACGGUGCAGCUGGUCACUCAGCUCAUGCCGUACGGCUGCCUCCUCGACUACGUGAGGGAGAACAAGGACCGCAUCGGCUCCCAGUUCCUCCUCAACUGGUGUGUCCAGAUCGCCAAGGGGAUGAGUUAUCUGGAGGAAGUUCGGCUGGUCCACAGAGAUUUGGCCGCCCGUAACGUUCUGGUUAAGAACCCGAAUCAUGUGAAGAUCACCGACUUCGGUCUUGCCCGUUUGCUCGAUAUAGACGAGACUGAAUAUCACGCUGACGGAGGGAAGGUGCCAAUUAAAUGGAUGGCACUGGAGUCAAUUCUGCACAGGAAGUUCACUCAUCAGAGUGAUGUCUGGAGUUACGGGGUGACGGUGUGGGAGCUGAUGACGUUUGGUGCUAAACCCUACGACAUGAUCCCAGCCAGAGAAAUCCCAGAAGUUUUAGAGGGAGGAGAACGGCUUCCCCAGCCGCCCAUCUGCACCAUCGACGUCUACAUGAUCAUGGUCAAAUGUUGGAUGAUUGACCCAGAGAGCAGACCGAGGUUCAAAGAUCUGGUGAAUGAUUUCAGCGCCAUGGCCCGAGAUCCACCUCGCUAUGUAGUCAUUCAGAACGACGAGCAGAUGAGCAUGUUCAGCCCAGUGGACAGUCAGUUCUUCAGGAUGCUUCUGGAGGAGGAAGGGAACAACAUGAGGGAACUGCUGGAUGCUGAGGAGUAUCUGGUGCCUCAGCCAAACCUCUUCCCCAGGAUUCAGGGAGGCGUGGCUCAAGCCAACGGGCCAUCAAGGCAUCAGUCGUACAGGCAGAGCAGGGAUCAGGGCCUAGACGUCGAGCCUUCUGUCAUCAACGGCCCUCGGAGCAUGUACUCCUCCCUGAGCACUCUUGGCCGGAGCCAGUGCCCCACUUUACCUUUAGGAGCCAGCACCUCCAACGGAAUGUGGACUCCUCAGUAUCCUACGCUGGCUCGCAGCCCAUCCGCCGGGGGCCAGUCUGACUCAGUCUUCCUGGACGGGCCUCCGGACGACCCCUCACUGCCUCCGGCCAGCCCCGGGCGCUACUGCAAAGACCCCACCUAUUCCAACGGGAGCAUGGGCGACCUUGAGACAGAUGGGCCAAAUGGCUUUCAUCAUCCUAAUCACCUUCAUCACUCACUGCCCAGACGGACUAAUGGGUAUAUUCGUAACCAUCCCCUGCCAGAGUACGUCAACCAGGAGAUUCAGGACCUCAGGCCGGGGAUCCCCGACCGGCCCAGCACACUGCCUCGUAAAGCCAAACCAGAGCGACGACUCCCUAAUGGCCUGAGCUCCGGUCACAGUGUGGAAAACCCGGGAUACUUAAUCCCCGCUGGAGCCUCCACCUCUCCAGCCUUCGACAACCCAUACUACCUGGACCUUGUGGCCAAAGCCAAAGCUGUGGCCGGGGCCGCAGGGAUGGACGGCCCCGAGAGAGACGGAGGCAGGCAUGUGAACGGGUUUGUGACCCCAACGGCAGAGAACCCAGAAUAUCUGGGACUAGCGGACACCUGGAGUGGAUAUACUUGAGGAGAGGGAGUGUGAGUAAUGUGAUGAACUCGAGAGGAGUCGCAGAUUGUGUUCAACUGAGGGAAGAUGAAUGUCUGCGUGACGGUGAGUGAUGAUGGGAACAGCAUGUGCACCCGAAUCCGAAUGGGGGUGGCGGUUGUCCGGCAGAUCACCCAGUUGUGACACACCACGACUCGACACAGUGUAGCAUUAAUCUGGUGUCCGUGGCAUCAUUUGUAUUCCUGUCUUCCUCUCAGCUCUCUAUGUGACUGUUAAGUGCCAAAAAAGAAGUUCUCUCAGUCUUUUCUGUAUAUAACUCAGUACUUGAUAAACAAAGGAGUUCCCCCAUCGUGGUGGGAGAAGGGUCUCAUUAUCACAGAAUCCAGUGUCUGACUGGAUUAAUGAAUGCUGAUUUUUUUUUUUUUCCCUCUGUUCAGUUUCUUUUAAUUUGUUGAGCAUCUGUGGUCGUUUUCUUCUACAUGUGAAGCAUUUUUUUGUAUUCCCCCACAGUUCCCCUGUGCGUCUCGAUAUGCUAGAAAGAGAGAAAACGUAUAGAACACUGAGAAAGUGAGCCAUAAUGUGCAUUGAAGGUGGUGUUUAGUAUUCUGGUCACUUUGUCUCUGACCUGAUGGGGGUCUUCAACACACUCAAAGCCAUUUUGUUUUGGCCGGAGAAUGCCCUGCAGCCCAUCUGGCCAGUAGGCAUGCUCCCUGAAAGAAAGGCAUCCUGUAUGGAGAAGACAGAGGCAUUGUGCCACACUGAUGUAUGUGGUUGUUAGUGUCUGUGGCUGCAGCUACUUUGUGGUACGGCUGAUGAGAUACGAGGUACGAGCAGGCUUUUUAAGCUGCGGGAAAAUGUACUUGCAACUAAUUUAGAGCCAACUUUUCAGGGAUUCAGGGGAGAUUAUGUGCAUUUUAUAUCGUGCACAGUGCACUACAUGUUAGGGAAACUGCAGGCUUGUGUUGUCACAAUGAGCCCUUUGCUUUCGGUGGCCUUUCACUGUGCAAGAAAGCACUUAAAGCUAUUUUUUCGAGCAUAUUCCACAAUAAGUGAAGAAUUUAGCGCGCGUGUAGAUACGUUUAUGUAACGAGAAGCAGUUCUGCUGUUUGCGUGUUUGGCGUAAAAGUGAGAGUUGCACUAGACACUGGAGCUGAGUGUGAAUCCGUGGAGGCAAAAACAUUUGCCCCACUCAGUUUGGAUAAUCAAUGCAUGGCUCAAAUUCCACUCAGCGAGAACACACUGGCAUCCCAGUUAAUAAUCAACAGCAUUUUUUUUUUUUUAAGAGUGUUUUUUUCAUGUUGACUGGUUGUUGGGCAGGGGGGAGGUCGGAAGAGAGUCAAUGGAGCCAUUGUGUGACCCUCAUGUCCUUGUUGGAAAGUGAGCGCUCCCCCAGCUCGCCCGUCCCAACGACUGAUGUUGUCACAGCUUUGAAAAAGAGAGAAAUAAGUGCGCUUUCCUCUGCAGAGGUUUGGAACUCGGCGGCAGAAUGCGGUUCAGUGUUUGGACCUCGAGAUCCUGAACACGUCUUGAAACAAUUGACUCGGUUGUUGAAAUGUGUACAACCCUUCGCAACUCCCCCGACUACCAACACAUCAGCUUUACUCGGAGAGUCUUUGGGAAAUGUUCUGUUAUCUUGAUAUUCUCAUACGGGUUUUGAAGAGUUUUGUUCCAGAAAAGGAUCUAAAAAAAAAAGAUUCUAUAUUUUACCUAUUUUUUACAUUGAAAAUAAUGUGUUUUCUUAAGAACCAGUUCAGAUUCUAUUUUAAUACCCUCAACUAUUAUAUACUAAUAUUGUUUAGAAUGAAAUUAUAGUGGAGUGAUUACAUUCAUAUAACAGUUUUUCAUGUUUGUACAUGAUGGAUAUACAGUAUAGUGUUUUGGAAUGAGACCCUUCAUAUGGAUUGUUGCUGUCAGGUGAAAACCUUGUAUCUCCACAAGCAGGGAUCAACCUGCUUAUAUUGGAUCCGAUAUUCAGCAUUCAUCCAGUCAUCAUAAUCUGUACAGGAAUGACACAUGGUUCAUAAUCAAGCCUAAUCCAAUCAAAAUAAAAACAAAUUAAAACUACUAGAUCAGGAUUGUUAUAGGUCAAAUUAUACUUGUAAGUUCCAUCCAUGCAGUUAAUGAAAACGUAGAUUAAGGCCCUAUCUUGCAAUGUUAAAGCAUUGCUGAAAGCAUUGUCGUUGUUUUAGCUAACUUCCUGUCGGUGUCUGCAGUAAGUGAUCCCCUCCCUUCUCUCUGCAUCACCCCGUUACCUCUACGCACUACGGCAGUAAUGGGCACAAACAGCAGCAUCCUGCUCGCUACGCGUUCAUGAGCAGACAGGACCGCCUCUUUAUGGAGUUUGCUGUCCUGAUUGGAUGAAGUGGGCAGGGAUACCAGAACAUGUAUUGAGCCUGGGGUUGCUGACCAAACACUCGACAACAGUGAUUACUGUUGGAAUAUACAGCUAUUUAACACUAAAUAUAUCCCUCACAGCAGCUUUAAGUUCUAAAACCUCAACUGUAAAAUGUGAGGAAGUUUCAGUAUUCGAGACAAAUCAGUGGUACAGACACGAGCAUCGCCUCUGCUGGAGAUCCAGGGUUUUCACAGGAUAAUAACAUUAUAGCACUGCUCACAGAUGUUCCCAUUUCCUAAAGAAUGUGUUAUUAUUUCUCCUGGAUACUAUAAGACCACAACUUCAUGCACAAUCACCACAAAUUAACUGGUGUUUACACUGUAGCCUCAUUUUGUAUAAAAUGUCUCAUGUAGCCGACACAGGAAUCUCACUGAUGAGGGUCUGAUCUACCUGCUGUCCUCUUUAGAACCACGUGUUCUCUCUCUAGUCUGUCUUGUUCUUUUUAUAUAAAACCAUUCAGUUGUUGUAAAAACCAGUACAGAGCCCGAAGACUGGCACCAGUCAUGGUCUGGUGGCUUGUUUAUUUACGGUCACACAUUAAAUCUCCUGUCAUUCGCUCUGUUGAAGUGUUCUUCAAAGUGCGUGAGUCACGAUCAGUUUUCUGAUUGGAAUCAGCUUAAAUGUCAAAAUGUUUGUUUGGCCCCUUUUCUAAAUUGUAAUAUGUAGCGGAAGAGUAAACCAAAUGAAAAUAUGGCCUGUGGUUUUGUAAGUUUGUUUAAAGAUCUACAAGUGUUUUGAAAAGUCUCAGAUGUGACCGAGACAUUCUGGAUGUUUUCGUCCAGGAGUAAGCCCGAGAGAAAAAGAAGGAACAGUCAACUAACGGGAGUGUGCUGAAGGUUUUAAAAUGUAUCUUUUGUACUUUUCUUGUGAAUAUCUUUUUUUUUUUUUUUUUUUACCUUUCACAGUUUGUGUGACAUGAAUAACAUCUGUUUUAUUGGGAGAUUUUUUUUUUUUUUUUCAUGCGUCCUUUUUUUAUUUGGUCAGUAAAUCCCUUAAUGUAAAUGUGUAGUAUAUAUAUAAAUAUAAAUACAAACAAUCACUAUGGUAGCUAAUUUGAUUGAAUAAAUCAUGACCAGUUGCUCUACUGUGGAGGGAAGGGGAAAUAAUACGUAAGAGAAUAUUUUAUGAAGAAAUGGUCAUUUUUAUAUUGAAUUGUUUGCAUACGUUAUGUGUGUCAUUAAAAGGAUAAAACACUUAAAACUC